CCCCGGCACGCAGGGUGCGUGGGGGCCCCCCGGCAGCCAGCGCCCUGCAGCACAAGCCGCUGCGAUGCUCCACUCCGUCGGCGUUCACACCUUGCAGCUGCUCACCCAGGCGGCCGCCUGCAUCCUCCUAUUUCCCCGCUUCCUGCUCACCGCCGUGAUGCUCUGGCUCCUGGAUUUUCUGUGCAUUAGGAAGAAGAUGCUGACGAUGCCCACGGCGGAGGAGGCGGCCAGCGCCAGCGAGGAGCCGCCCCCCGACGACCCCCCGGUCUGCGUGUCCGACUCCAACCGCAUGUUCACGCUGGAGUCGCUGAAAGCCGUGUGGCACGGGCAGAAGCUGGACUUCUUCAAGUCGGCGCACGUGGGUUCCUUGGCCCCUAACCCCGAGGUGAUCCAGCUGGACGGGCAGAAGAGGCUCCGCAUCCUGGACUUCGCCCGCGGCAAGAGACCCCUCAUCCUCAACUUCGGCAGCUGCACCUGACCCCCGUUCAUGGCCCGCCUGAGGUCCUUCCAGCGCCUGGCCGCGCACUUCGUGGACAUUGCCGACUUCCUGCUGGUGUACAUUGAAGAAGCACACCCGUCCGACGGCUGGGUCAGCUCGGAUGCAGCCUACAACAUCCCCAAGCACCAGUGCCUCCAGGACAGGCUGCGGGCAGCUCAGCUGAUGAGGGAAGGGGCGCCCGAUUGCCCCCUGGCCGUGGACACCAUGGACAAUGCUUCCAGCGCCGCCUACGGUGCCUACUUCGAGAGGCUCUACAUCAUCCAGGAGGAGAAGGUGAUGUACCAGGGAGGCAGAGGACCAGAGGGCUACAAGAUCUCGGAGCUGAGGAGCUGGCUAGACCAGUACAAAACCCGGCUCCAGAGCCCCAGCACGGUGGUCAUCCAAGUGUAAAAAGGACCUGGCAAGAAGCGCAGGGGUGGAGAGGCGAGGGAGGGCGGGAGGAGAGGUGGGGAGGGAGAAGGCACUGCGUCGCGGAUGG